AUGUUGCAAGGGGCGGACGUUCCUCCGAAUCAGACCAUCUACCUGAACAACCUCAAUGAGAAGAUUAAGAAGGAAGAGCUGAAGAAGUCUCUCUACGCGGUGUUCUCGCAGUUCGGCAAGAUCCUGGACAUUGUCGCGCUCAAGACGCUGCGCCUGCGCGGGCAGGCGUGGGUGGUGUUCGAGGAUGUCACGGCCGCCACCAACGCGCUGCGCCAGAUGCAGGGCUUCCCCUUCUAUGACAAGCCAAUGAGGAUCUCGUAUGCAAAGACCAAGUCGGACGUGGUUGCCAAGUCAGAUGGCACGUUCGUGCCCAGAGAGAAGCGCAAGCGCCACGAGGAACGAGGCCUCGAGCAGUUAUGCUUUCUCGUUCAGCCAUCCCUCUUGCUUCAUCCCAAUUCUCUCUCUCACUCCUCCGCUUCUUUCCCCUGUGCUCACAUCCCCUCUUCCCUCGCUUCCCCCUUUCGCUCCCCUCCUCCGUUCCCCUCUUCCCUUCCCUCCUCCCUUCCCCUCUUCCCUCCCGUCCUCCCUUCCCCUCUUCUGUCCCCUCCUCCCUUCCCCCCUUCCCUCCCCUCCUCCUUUCCCCCGUUCCUCCGUUCUCCUGACCACCCCUCUCUUCCCAAUCAGCCCGGCGUCGCCAGCAGCAGGAGCAUGCAGCAGCAGGGGCAGCAGGCGGCGGCCGCGCCCCUGCCACUGCUGCAGCCUAUGCCCAGGCUGGGGCAAUCCCAGGGGCAAAUGAGCCGCCCGCGCCGCCCAACAGCGUACUUGGGUCGCAACGACUGCCCGCUUUACGAUGCCGAGCUUGGCACGGCUCCUCGGCGCGACGAGGCGGCGCAUCUGCAUCAGUUCAUCCUGCACGGCGCCAUGGACAUCGUGCAGGACGCCGUGUGGGCCACCAACAACAUGCAUCUGAAGGCAGUGGACAAGUUCAACGACCUGCUCGUCUCUGUCUACACGAAGCUGCUGCUGCUGCAUGACUCGCGCAACGAGGACGGCAUCAAAAACUUCUUCCAGGAAGUGCACGAGCUGUACAUCAAGGUGCUCAUGAACCCACUUCAUGUACCCGGCUCCAAGAUCAUAUCAACGGUCUUUGAUGCUCGAGUCAGGGCUUUGGCCAAGAGGCACCUGUGA